GCAGGAUGGCACAAUCACUGAAAGUCCUUUGGAAUGUGAGGAAUGGGAUGAUUCUUUGUUUAACGCCGUUUCUCCUCCUCCCCCUGCCACUUGUUGUGGGAACAACGGAGGCAUGCUGUGCCUAUGUGAUCAUCCUGAUGGCGGUCUACUGGUGUACGGAGGCGCUGCCUCUGGCCGUCACCGCCCUCCUGCCCGCCGUCCUCUUCCCGAUGUUCGGCAUCAUGACCUCCAAACAGGUGUGUAUGCAGUAUCUGAAGGACACCAACUUGCUGUUCGUGGGUGGUCUAUUGGUGGCCGUGGCAGUGGAACACUGGAGCCUGCACAAGCGGAUAGCUCUCAGAGUUCUCCUCUUUGUUGGGGUGCGGCCUGCUCUGCUGAUGUUGGGCUUCAUGGGGGUGACGGCCUUCCUGUCCAUGUGGAUCAGCAACACGGCCACCACGGCCAUGAUGGUCCCCAUUGUCCAAGCGGUGCUGGAGCAGCUCAACAACCAUGACGUGGAGAUGCCCGAGAUCCUCGCAGCCGGAGACGGCAACCACCACCCUGUGGAGGUGGAGUACAAGCAGGCUGGGAAGGAUGACCAGGUGGUGGUGAAUGGGCUGGAUGGGUCUGCGGAGGCUGCCAGGAGGAUGGAGGCGCAGGAGAGGAGGCGCAUGUGUAAAGGCAUGACCCUGUGCAUCUGCUACGCCGCCAGCAUCGGGGGCACGGCCACCCUCACCGGCACCGGGCCCAAUCUGGUGCUGAAGGGCCAGAUGAACCAGCUCUUUCCUCAGAACGGCGAUGUCAUCAAUUUCGCCUCCUGGUUUGGUUUCGCCUUCCCUAACAUGAUCCUCAUGCUGGCCAUGGCCUGGCUCUGGCUCCAGUUCGUCUUCAUGGGAUUCAACAUCAAGAAGACGUGGGGCUGUGGCGCAGAGAAGGGCGAGAAGGAGAUUGCGGCCUACAACGUUAUCCGCGAGGAGCACCGGCAGCUGGGACCCAUGUCCUUUGGGGAGCUGAGCGUGCUGGGGCUCUUCACUCUGCUGGUGGUGCUCUGGUUCACCCGAGACCCAGGCUUCGUGGCCGGGUGGGCCACGCACAUCUUCAAUGCAGACGCAGAGUAUGUGACAGAUGCGACCGUGGCCGUAUUCAUCGCCAUCCUGCUCUUCGUCCUCCCCUCCAAACCUCCACAGAUAAAGCAGUGGCUGUCAUGCUUCAACACAGACUCCCAGGUCACACCUGCGUCUGCGUCUGCGUCGGGCCCCGGCGCGGCUCUGCUCAGCUGGAAGGUGGCCCAGAAGAAGCUGCCCUGGAACAUUGUGCUCCUGCUCGGGGGAGGCUUCGCCCUGGCCAAGGGGAGUGAGCUAUCUGGCUUGUCCAAGCUGAUGGGCCACACCUUGACCCCGCUCCACACCAUCCCUCCCUGGGCCAUAGUCAUUAUCCUGUGCCUGCUCAUCGCUGUGUUCACCGAGUGCACCAGCAACGUGGCCACCGCCACACUCUUCCUGCCCGUCCUGGCGUCCAUGUCCCAGUCCAUAGGCAUGAACCCGCUGUAUGUCAUGGUGCCAUGUACCCUCAGCGCCUCCUUCGCCUUUAUGUUGCCCGUGGCAACCCCUCCCAACGCCAUCGUCUUCUCCCAUGGCUACCUCAAAGUCUCUGACAUGGCCAAGACAGGCUUCAUGAUGAACAUCAUCGGCAUCGUUUGCAUCACCCUGUCCAUCAACACCUGGGGGCGGGCCAUGUUCCACCUGGACACCUUCCCCGCCUGGGCCAAUGAGACGGCGGUAUGAGGGUGAACGACAGGUGGCCGAGACCUAUAGGAGAGUGCAGAGCACAGGCAGGGUGUGCUGCCUCCCGCCUCUCCAUCACCAGAGGACCCGCAUGGGGUCACUAAAACGAGUGUCGGCACUAAAAGGAGCUUCAGCUCCUUCCUCUGUCAUUGGGGGAGGAGAGAAGCACCCAGGGCAGAGGUGUCAAUCCUGGGGUGCAUUUCUCGAAACCAUAGUUUGCUAACAACAUUAGCUACUUUGUUGUUUGCAAUGCAAUUUCCCAUUGGCAACUACCCAAGUUGCUAAGUGGCUAACAACUGCGCUUUCCAGAAACGCACCCCUGGGUUCAGAAAGUUAAAAAUCCUGCCACAAAUAUGAUCCAAUCAGCUCUGAAUAAGGUGACCGCAAUGAACGCUCAAGAUACAUAAGACCAGUUGCUGAAGUCACCUGACCACCUGCUGAAGUCUCUUGUGUUAAAGGGAAGCUGUGGAAGGGUUUUUAUAUAUUUGUGAACCAGAUUUUUGACACCUCUGCAGCACCAGAGUAUGUUUGAUCUGCUGUAGUCUCGCUCAGGCAUCCGUACUAGCUUGUGUAGUCAAUCCUGUAGGAUUAUGUUUUUGUUGUUAUUAUCAUUAUUAAUUGAUGUAUUCAUAAAUGCGCUAUGUUUUUUAGCGUCCCUAAAGAUGUCUGUAGGGAGGGAGUGCCUGUGAAAGUAUUGCCAAAGGGUGAGAGGUUUGUUUGUUUGUUUGAGCUUUUUUUCUGUCCGAGCUUCAACCAGCAGUUUCGCCUUUUUUCUGCUGUGACAGACAAUUACACAUGGAGCAUUCGAAUGAGACCACAUGAAAGGUUUUUGUUUUGCUAUAUUCAGUUUUGUACUAAAAAAUAACUGGAGAGUUCUAUAAAAAGUAUGGAAAUGCUUUCACUUAAGCAAGCAAUUGCCAGCCUAUGCUCUUUUAUUGCAGUAACUGUUAAGAAAGUCCUUUUUAAAGUUUUCUUUUUUUACAUUAACUAUUUGUACUUGGUGCAAAGUGCCUCACCUGUAGCCAUUGCCAAUGCCAAUAUUGCAAAUGUAUACAUGUGUAUUACGCACAAACACCUACAAUCACACUCACAUAUGCACACACUGGAGACACACAGACACACAUAAAAAAGUACAUUUCCCACAUUGUAUUCCACAAAUCCUGUGCCUUAAGAUGUAAUGAUGUGCAAAAAACUGCACAAAAUCUCUACAUUCCAUUUUUACGUCUAUUAUACAGCCUGUUUUAUCUGAAUUGUAUGUCAUUCACAUCCGUCUUUCAGAUGAGAUGAGUAUUUCAUGUCAUUUUUCUGACAUUUUUCUGAAUCAAUUUUCUUGAUUUGCCUUUCGCAAACACUUUUCACACACAUCUCUUUGUGAAGUUUAAAUGCACUCAGAGUUCCUGUAUGAUGUACUGUAUGACCACCAGAUGCUGUAUGACAGUGGAACUGGGCAGUAUUCCAGUUUCACGCAAUGAGAUGAAAACUGCACAAUGACCAUGCUGUGAAUACUGUACCGGUAUGUUGUGUUAUGUAUAUUUAUUGUUAUAUAUACUAUAUGCAAUGUCAUUUCAUGAGAUGAUGCCAUUUUCAAAGACAACCAUUGGGAAAAGAAAACACGCAAUUACAAAAGAUACAUGCAAUUACAUUAAAAUUGUACAUCACCAGUUGU